UUUCACAUGCUAAUUCGGGGUUAUAAAUACAGCAGAGGAGCAGCGGAGCAGCAAAGAGCCCUACUGGAAACGGAGCGACCCACUGCCCGAGUGCCUCCUUCCCACCCCGUGCCUGGAUUAGAAUGACUGCCACAGCCACCCCGGGCAGCACCCACAAGCUCGCCAGCAGCAAGGAGGAGAGGAAGUUAAGGAAACCCCUCAUUGAGCGGAAGAGAAGGGAAAGGAUUAAUAACUGCUUAGACCAGCUGAAGGAGACAGUUGUGGGAGCAUUUCACCUGGAUCAGUCUAAACUGGAAAAAGCAGACAUCCUCGAAAUGACGGUGAAGCACCUCCAGAACAUCCAGAGCAGCAAGAUGAUGGCUGACUCCAAAGUGGGUCUGGAAGCCCAGCAGAGGUACAGCACUGGGUACAUUCAGUGCAUGCACGAGGUGCACAACCUCCUUCUCACCUGUGAGUGGAUGGACAAGAGCCUUGGGGCGCGCCUGCUAAACCACCUGCUGAAAUCCUUGCCCAGGUCUGGUGAAGAUACCUGCAAAGCAGCACUGAGGUCUUCCAGCCCAUCUCAACAGCCUCUCUUGACGCCAAAAGGUCCCCUGAGCCCUAAGGGGAGCAAUCGGGGCACAAACCUGGCACAGGAGCGCUUCUACUCUGCAGAGAACAAGCAGGCUUCCAAAAAUUCCUUCCAGGUGCCGUUGCUGUCGGUUUUCAACCAGGUUGAUGCUGCGCCUCCCAGACAGGUUCUGCAGCCAAAUUUUUCCCAUAACAACCCUAGAAUGGGGUCAUUAGAUAUGUGGAGACCAUGGUAAAGUGUGUUUUCAAUUUUUAUCCUAACCUUAGACACUCUUAAGUAUGUAUCUUAUAGAUAUGUUUCUUUAAAACACUUGUGGAGCAAGUCUGUUCCUGUAGGUGUACUAAAGACCAGGGUACUUCAAGCCGAAGUAAACCUAUGUGUAGCCUGCAUUGUAGAAGGCUGCUAUUAUUUUUUAUUUAUUUAAUACAUCUAAAUUAUUGUAUAGAAUCCUCUUAUGCUC